AUGGCCAAGACGGCGCUGAAGUGGGCGUCCAAGCCCGUGGAGAUUCACUGCGACAUGGGUGAAGCGUUCGGCAACUGGACCAUGGGAGACGACGAGGCCAUCAUGCCGCACAUCACGUCCUGCUCCAUCGCGUGCGGCUUCCACGCCGGCGACCCCAUGGUCAUGUACAAGACGGUCAAGGCGGCGCGGCGCCAUGGCGUGCGCAUCGGCGCCCAUCCUUCGUUCCUUGACCUGCAGGGUUUUGGGCGCCGCGAGAUGAAGAUGGAUCCGGUCGAGUGCGAGAAGAUGGUCAUCUACCAGAUUGGUGCCCUCAAGGCAUUCCUCGAUAUCGAGGGCAUCCCCCUGUCCCACGUCAGUCCCCACGGAGCACUCUACGGCGUCAUGUGCAAGGACAAGCCCAUCUGCGAGGCCGUCUGCCGCGCCGCCCGCCACUUCACCGCGCCGGACGGCACCCCCGUGCCCAUGAUCGGCGCGUCCGGCACCUUCAUGGAGUCGGUCUGCGCCGAGAUGGGAAUCCCCUUUUUGCAGGAGGUCAUUGCGGACCUGGAGUACGAUGAGAACGGCGACUGCAUCAUCUCGAGGACCCACGAGGCCGUUGACCUGCAGGCUCUGCGGUCGCGGCUCGCGGGCGCGCUGCGGACGGGCACGAUUGAGAGCAAGGAGAGGAAGGAGAUGGUGGACCUGAAGCUGGGCGCUGCGCCGCUGAGUCUGUGCAUCCACAGUGACACGCCGGGGGCGACGGAGGUGGCGGCGGCGACCCGGCAGGCGGUGGAUGACUUUAACAAGGAGUGCUUCUCAUGA